GGAAAACCCAAAAUAAACCCCAGACUUGGUCGAAUUCAACAUUUUGGUAGAAGGGCACCAUUAUGAAGGCUUGAACUCGAAUGCGUUAAACCCUAGUUACUCACACCACUCUUUCUCUUUCCCCGAAACCCUUAAACCACCGAACAAGCCUUUUCAGUUAACUUGAUUGUUUUGAAGCUAACAAAACUUCGUUUUUUUUUUUUUUUGUGGGUGGGUUUUUGGAGCCUUUCUUCAAUGGCUCUUUACUUAUUGUACGAGUCAGCUUCUGGAUAUGCCCUGUUCCAGGCACAGGGGCUCGAUGAAAUCGGUCAGAACUCAGAGGCUGUCAGGAACUCGGUUGUGGAUCUGAACCGGUUUGGUAAGGUGGUCCAACUCACUGCUUUUCAGCCUUAUGAGUCUGCUGUUGAUGGUCUCAACCAAUGUAACUCCGUUUCUGAAGGGCUUAUGACUGAUGAGUUGAGGAGUUUUUUAGAGCUGAAUCUGCCUAAAGUCAAGGAAGGCAAGAAGUCCAAGUUCAGUCUGGGAGUUGCAGAGCCUAAACUUGGUUCUCACAUCUUUGAGACAACUAAAAUUCCUUGCCAAAGUGGAGAAUUUGUUCUUGAGCUUCUUCGUGGUGUGCGGUUGCAUUUUGAUAAGUUUAUCAAGGACCUAAAGCCUGGGGACUUGGAAAAGGCUCAGCUUGGUUUGGCCCACAGUUACAGCAGAGCAAAGGUUAAGUUCAAUGUCAACCGAGUUGACAAUAUGGUUAUUCAAGCCAUUUUCCUUCUUGAUACCCUUGACAAGGAUAUCAAUUCCUUUUCCAUGAGAGUAAGGGAAUGGUACUCGUGGCAUUUCCCUGAGUUGGUAAAGAUUGUCAAUGACAAUUAUCUCUAUGCUAAAGUUGCAAAGCUUAUAGAGGACAAGUCAAAGUUGUCUGAAGAACACAUCCCUGCCUUAACUGAGAUACUCGGGGAUGAGGACAAAGCAAAAGAAAUUGUAGAAGCUGGCAAAGCAUCAAUGGGACAGGAUUUGACCCCGGUUGAUUUGAUUAAUGUUCAGUUAUUUGCUCAGAGGGUAAUGGAUCUUGCUGAGUACAGAAAAAAUCUUUAUGAUUAUCUAGUGACUAAGAUGAAUGACAUUGCACCAAAUUUGGCAUCAUUGAUUGGGGAAGUUGUUGGGGCCCGAUUAAUCUCUCAUGCUGGUAGUCUCACAAAUUUGGCGAAGUGCCCCUCUUCCACUCUUCAGAUUCUUGGAGCAGAGAAGGCCCUCUUCAGGGCACUGAAAACAAGGGGAAACACACCUAAGUAUGGUCUAAUUUUCCAUUCAUCUUUCAUUGGCCGAGCAUCUGCAAGAAACAAGGGCCGAAUGGCACGCUAUCUUGCAAACAAGUGUUCCAUUGCAUCUCGCAUAGAUUGUUUUGCAGAGAGGGGCAGCACUGUUUUUGGGGAGAAACUGCGGGAACAAGUGGAAGAGCGACUUGAAUUCUAUGACAAGGGCGUUGCACCUCGGAAAAACAUUGAUGUCAUGAAGUCUGCAAUUGAAAGUACCCAGAGCAAAGUUUUUAUCUAUUACCAUGUCAAAUCAGAUGUGGAAAUGGAAGAAGCACAACCUGAUGAAGCUUCUGUAAAGAAAAGCAAGAAAAAGAAAUCAAAAACUGAAGACGCCCCACUUGCUGCCACAAAUGGAGAUGCUUCAGAGGAUGUUAAAUCAGAGAAGAAAAAGAAAAAGGAGAAAAGAAAGAUGGAGCAAGAGCAAGAUGAGGAAGAGGAGAAAACAAACGGUGCAAAUGGGGAUGAUACUGAGCAGGACGAGACAGCCAACAAGAAGAAGAAGAAGAAGAGCAAAGAUGAAGGAGCUGCAGGUGAAACUAAAAAGAAAAAGAAAAAGUCCCAAGAGUGAAUUUAUCACUAUUUGCUAAAUUUUGUCCUAAUGCAAGCUUGUGGAAAUGGUUAUAUGCUUUUUUCUUCUUUUGUUUUUAAAAGUAAACUUUCUUAACUUCUGUCGUAUGAACGAAUUUAGGUGCCUGAACUUCCUUCUAGCAUUGAACAUGUGAUUCUUGUCUUAUUUAUCUAAAAUUUGACCUUCCUUUUG